AACCCCGCCCUUCUCUCUUCACUUGUCCCGUCCAGCCCACCUUCUUCUUCCUCCCUCUCCCUGCCUCCCUCUCUCUCAUUCUCUCUCCUUCCCCCAAAAAACCCACUACAAAAACAAGCACUCAGCCAAGCUAUCAUCACCAUCAUCCUCUCCUCAUAGACAUCACCCCUCCCUCCCAAUUUCGUAUAAAACACUCAAAUUUUUAAAAGUACAAGUGAACUGUGAUCGAAUCGAAAAAAGAAAAAGAAAAAGAAAAAAAAUGGCAAUCUUAUGGGAACUGUCCACGAAACUCUUCGACCAACUGCCUCCGAUUCCGAGCCACUUCACCCAAUGGGAGCCGCCCCAAAGCCCGCUGUCAACCUACUCGGGCGUCUUUGCAGCCAUCGUCACUUACCUCUCUAUCAUCUUCGGCGGCCAACGAUUGAUGGCUGAUCGGAAACCAAUCCAACUCAAGCCGCUCUUCAUGCUCCAUAACAUCCUCCUCUCCCUCGGCUCGCUUUGGCUCUUGGUCUUGAUGAUCGAACAGGUCGCCCCGAUCGUCUACAACCAUGGGAUCUUCUACUCGAUCUGUCAUGUCAACUCCUGGACCCCCGAACUCGUGACUCUCUACAUGAUCAAUUAUUAUUUCAAAUAUUGGGAGCUUUUAGACACUUGUUUCCUAGUCACCAAGAAGAAGAGUCUCCAAUUCCUGCACGUCUUCCACCACACCGCGACGGCCUUACUAUGUUUCACCCAGCUCGGCGGACGCACCUCGGUGAGCUGGGUGCCGAUUUGUGCCAACCUGACCGUGCAUGUGAUCAUGUACUAUUAUUAUUUCACCACUUCGGCCUUCCCAGGCUAUAAGCCGUGGUACAAGAAAGCAUUGACGAGCUUGCAAAUCAGCCAAUUCGUGAUCGACCUCUUCAUCGUCUACUUUGCCUCUUAUUCGUACUUUGCUGCCGAAUAUCUCGGAUGGCCGACGAUGGGCAACUGUUCCGGAACCGAAGGCGCCGCCGUCUUCGGCUGUGCCAUCUUGACUUCUUAUCUCUUCUUGUUCAUCGGCUUCUACCGCAAGACCUACAAGCAAAAAUCCUUGAACAACAAGAAACCUUCUUCUUCUUCAACUACUACCACUACACCUACUACCACCACUAAUCCGCUCUCUUCUUCAACUGACAAUGACUCCCUUCUCUUGGCUAAGAAAAAGUAACUCAUUCCCCUCGUAUUUUCUCCUUUCUUUUUAAUCUCUGCUUGGGUGUGUGUGUGUGCAGGUGUGUAUGAAUGAGUGUGGAAAAAAAAACACUGUGUUCAUGUGUGUGUGUGUGUGUUGUUUGUUUGUGUUUUCUCAUUUUACUUUCCUUGACAUAUAUAUAUAUUUCUUUUCCUCAAAUGGAUAUAUAUUAUAUAUAGACUUUCUCUUUUCUUUUCUUUUCCUAUCUCUUGAAUCAAUUUCUUUUUUCCUCAGAAACCUUACUUUUUUGUUUUUUUGUUUUUUUGUUUUUUUGU